GAGCUUGUUUUUCACCGUCAGCCAAAGCGUUUACAACACAGUGCAGCAGUCAAGCAAAAUCUAUUUUUAUAAUUACGGAAUUAAUCGGCUUCAGUUUUCCAGCAAACUUAUCGCUUUUUGAUACUGUUGCUGCUGCUGCUGCUGCUGUAAAAGAAGCCGAAAAUAGUACCGGAUUGCGACACGAGUGUGCUACGCAAAAUCUGUGAAUCAUCCUUCUUCCAGUUGUGUGCAACGGGAGGAACGGCAUAACCGGGCUGUGUGCAAAGGGAAACCCUUAUUCGGAUAGUGCAUUUUUAUUGGAUUCCUUUUUCUGUCGUUGCCCAUCGGUUUGUGAGAGAUGCUAACGAUUGAUAAGAUUAAGGAAAAGUAUCCCAUCCAUUGGUUCGUCUGGAACAACGACUUCCGCGAGCUGCAGCAGGCAAUCGAUAAGGCCGAGCAUGACCUGGAACAGCUGGAUCCCCGGGGACGAACGCCGCUCAUGCUGGCCGUCAAGCUGUGCCAUCUGGAGUGUGUCAAGGCGCUGCUAGCGGCCAAAUCUAAUGCCAACUUUGAGUGCAACGGGUGGUCCGUGGUCCAGGAGGCGGUCUGCUCCGGCGAUGCCAACAUCCUGACGGCCGUCCUGGAAGUACGGGACCUGCAGCGCCACAUCAAGCGGGUAUCGCACGUGCCGCAGCUGUUGCAGCACCUGCAGGACACCCCGGACUUCUACGUCGAAAUGAAGUGGGAGUUCACCAGCUGGGUGCCGCUGAUGUCGCGCGUCUGCCCCAGCGAUACCUACAAGGUGUACAAACGGGGCUCGAACGUCCGGAUCGAUACCACCCUGCUGGGGUUCGACAACAACACCUGGCAGCGGGGCAAUCGGAGCUACAUCUUCAAGGGCCACUCCGAGACGGCUACGAUGAUCGAAAUCGAUCACGACACCGGUGAGGUUUCCGUGGAGCAUAUGCGGAACAUCGAGUCGGAGGCCAUCGAUGGGAUUACGCCGUCGCCGGAAUCGGUGUCACUGCGGCUGCAGGCGCCCGUGAUUUGCAACCACAUCGAUAUGGACAAGAUAAGCUUCGAACGGAACAAGUCCGGUUUCUGGGGAUGGCGUAGCGAAAAGAUCGAGAACGUCAACGGCUACGAGUGCAAGGUGUACGGAGCGAGCAAUGUGGAAUUUAUAACACGCACGCGGAACGAACAUCUGAGUGAGGAACAAGCGAGGAUUAAGAGUUCCCGCACACCGUUGCAGCACUUUUUGGGGAUGACUGAGGAGGACUACAACCAUGCGGGUUCCAAUGCUGGCUCGCAAAGUGCCCUUAGAGAAUCGGGUUCUUCGCCCUUGUUGGGUCAGGAAAACAGCAGCAGUGGCAACAGCCCAGUACAUGAAGGAGCUUCGGCUAGUUCAUUGAAUGCAGCGGCUGCGGCUGCGGUGGUGGCGGAUGCUGGAGCGCCCAGUAUCGAGGAGUACUUUUCCACCGAAGUGGACCUGCAGGGACGGGACGUUGGAAAACCAAAGAAAAUAUCGGCCAAAGUGCAACGCUUCAAGGCGAACAUCUGGCUGAGCGAGCAGUUCCCGAUCAAGCUGCAGGAACAGGUUCUGCCAAUUUUGGACCUCAUGUCGACCAUGGCCAGUCCGCAUGUGUCCAAGCUUAAAGACUUUGUCACCAUGCAACUUCCGGCCGGUUUCCCCGUUAGAAUAGAAAUCCCUCUCUUCCACGUGCUGAAUGCGGUGGUCACGUUUGGCAACGUGUUCGCAAUGGAAGCACCGGUGGCGAACGUCAGCAGCCUGCAGGAAAGUGACGAUCGAACCUCGUGCGUCAUCGACGACUGCUGUUUCGAUGUUCCGUCCGAGUAUGUCCGGCGAGGUCACGAGUUCCGGCGGCAGAUAACGUUCGAAGACGAAGACGAGCUGAUGCAGUUUGCCAUCCAGCAGAGUCUGAUCGAGCAGGGCAGCGAAAACGACGAGGUGGACAUCUGGGAAGCAUUGAAAGCGCAACGCCCGCUGACGCCCAGCUUCUACGAGGACGAACAGCUGCAGAGAGCUUUGCAAGAAUCACUGAUCACUGGGUUUCAAAGCGGUAGCGUACCUGCCGAAGGGGCAACGGCAGCCGGAGUCGGAGCCGAAGCCGAAGCUGAGCCUUCCUCGAUGGAGCCUCGGGCCCAUCCCAGAGACAACCCCACGAACGCCGGAACGGACGAACUCGACAGCAUACCGGACUAUCUGGACCCGAACCUGGAGCUGGCGAUCAAACUCAGCCAGGAGGAGGAACGGCGACGCGAGGAGGAACGCUUACGGGAAGAGGAAAUGCUCGCCGAGGUGCUCCGGUUAAGUUUAGAGGAUAAGUAGAAUUCCGACUGGGGUGAGUGGGUGUUUGCUUCCUGUAUAAUAGAGUAUUUUUUUUCUGUUAAAAAAAUUUAAACUAUGAUGACUUUUUUCCACGAUUCCAAAACUACAGUAGAACGAAUGAGAGAGCAGGUGCAAAUCUGAACACGAAUAUGGAAUAUUUGUGUGCGGCGUACUAACGAUAACAAAAAUCUAAACUGAUAAACAACGUAUAUAUAUAUAUAUAUUUAUUAUCACUAGCCAUUUUUUCAGUAAUGUAUUUAUACAAUAGUGACAAAAUGAACACUUUUUAUAAACCUAUGUAUUGGCUUAGUCGCUAAGUAAAAUUAUCGACAUACUACAAGCGCAUGUUAAGGAAGCAAAAAAUUAAGUAAGUUAACAUUUUCUCUCAGUGCAAAUUUAUUUAUUUUGUACGCAUAGUAGUGACCAAUCAUUGGAACUAUUUCCGUCACUGACGACAAGACAUGCUGAAUCGCGUUUACCAUCCAUAGACAACUGGACAGCAGCUUUCUUUCAAGUUCGAUAUAUUAUUUAUAAGUUAUUGAUCUAUUAUUGUGUAAUUAGAAGUAUGGAAAAUUUUAACAAAAUAUAUCUCAUUUGUAUUUCUAUACCGAA